AUGGCUAGCAGGCCCCCCAAUCUCCAACUACUUCAAGCAAGCGUUGAUCCCGAUGACGAAAGCGAAUUCCGUCUCCUCGUCAACAACAGUCUGGUCAAAUACAUCACCAUUGAUGCCGGCAUAUUUAGCCAAGAUGACAUGUGCUUCGAGCCUUCUCUCGUCUCCCUGCUUCCACCUCUUCCACCCGGGGACUGGAACCAGGGCCGAAUCUCGCGCAAUCCCGAGACGGGGGCUCCUCACUUUUCCGCCAUCUCCAACAAAAACCUCCCCGGAAUCACCAAGACCUGGCAUCCCACUCAAAUCGACCACCUAGAGUUUCACAUGGGACAAAAACUCCGCUCCAACGUCUACGAGGCUACGUCUCCCCGCUUCAGGUCACCGGUUGUCACCAAGUUCGCCCGAUUCCCAUGGGAGGUGCCUCUGCUGGAAGCCGAGACCGCAGCUUAUCAAUGGAUAGAGGGCUACCAGAUUGGCCCGGAUUUCCUUGGACACCUGACUGAGCAAGGCAGGGUUAUUGGGUUUGUCAUGGCCCGCAUUGAUGACUGUCGUCAUGCCACACCGGAAGAUUACACUCUGUGUUAUCGGGCUUUGUCAAAACUUCACCAGUUGGGCAUUAAACAUGGGGAUACCAACAAGCAUAACUUUCUCAUUCACAAAGGGAAGGCGACGCUCAUUGAUUUUGACAACGCUUCACGGGCCGUCAGUGCCCAAGAGCUAGAAACGGAGCUUGGCGGGCUGCGAAACCAGUUAUCAGAUAUGUCUGGACGGGGGGGUCAAGUUAUUGAAACUAGUUUCAUAGAAUGUACUGAUUUAGACACGAGGGAAUAA